CUUUCUUUCUAUGGAUCAAUCCCAUUCUUCUACAAGGUUCCAGGAGCAUUCUCAGCCACGAAGAUGUGCCACCACUGCGCCAAGAUAUGAGCCCAGCAAAAACACGGCAAUCAAUUCUAGAAACAUGGUCUCAGCGCCUCAAACCCGAAACAAAGCGGACCUUGCCGAUGGCUCUCUACCAAUGCCUCAAAGGACCCUUUCUUGCAGCUGUCAUUCCACGACUAUUCCUUCUUGGCUUUCGCUAUUCUCAGCCGAUUCUAAUAAAAGAGUCUAUCAGAUACGUUGCUUCGGGCCCUACCAUCGCUGCCAGUGGGCGUGGCGCUGGACUCAUUGUGUCUGCGGUCGCCAUCUAUGGUGGUCUAGCUAUCUCGACCGCCAUAUACCGACACCAAAUCAACCGACUGAAGCUCAUGACGAACAGUGCGCUGGUGGGUCUGAUCCACGACAAAACCAUGAAGUCGCCCAGCAUUGCGUACAACAACGGCGAGGCGACCACGCUCAUGAGCACUGACGCAGACAGUCUCGAUGGCAUCACAGAGAUGUUCCAUGAAACAUGGGCUCAGGUCGUCGAGGUGGUGAUCGGGACAGGACUUCUAGCCAGCCAGGUCGGCUGGAUCUGGCCCCUUCCCCUUUUCUUCAUAUACCUCUGUUCGCACAUGAGCCAAUUCGUCGCAAAGCACCUGCAACCGCGGCAGAAGGCCUGGAAUUCAGCUACGCAGCAACGGAUAGGUGCUACCAGCUCUCUACUGAGGGCGAUGAAAGGAGUGAAGAUGCUUGGCAUCCAAAACAAUCUCACCGAUCGCAUUCAGGACUUGCGAGAGGAAGAACUACUGGCUGCCUCCAAACUGAGAUGGGUUAUGGUAUACUACAAUGCCUCGGCCAAUGCGCUCGGGAUCUUCUCUCCAGCGAUCACCGUGGUGAUCUAUGCUCUCAUCGCGGUCGCUCGCGGGAGCACCCUGGACACUGAGACGGCAUUUACCACCAUGGCUAUCUUGAGCAUGGUCACGCAUCCAGCCAAUAUGGUGAUGACGAUCGUCCCGCGUGCGGUGGCUGCAUUCGCUGGCUUUGAAAGGAUUCAAGCCUAUCUACUCCGCGAAGAUCUACCUGCUCAUCGUGCAAUAUUAGCUGAAAGUACCCCUGACACGUCCUUUGGAAAUGGGGCAACUGGCGAGAUAGCACAGGGAGCAGCUUCUGCUAUCCAAAUUACUCAUCUACGCAUCGGUAACGAGCAACCGGUAUUGGCGAACAUAGACCUCAACAUAGCCAAGGGGUCAUUCGUUAUCAUAUCCGGUGCAACUGGGAGUGGCAAGACGAGCCUCCUGCGCGCUAUCCUGGGGGAAUUUGUCCCUGCUCAUGGAUCGAUCAAUGUGUCCACACGGAAGAUAGCUUAUUGUGCGCAGAAGCCGUGGCUACCCAACGAGACUAUCAGGAAGGUAAUCUUUGGCGCUACCGAGGUCAGGACUCCAGAUAGUGAGAAGUGGUAUCAUGAGGUCACAGAGAUGUGCUGUCUCACCCAUGACUUCGACUCCCUUCCUGAUGGAGAUCAGACCAUGUGUGGCAGUGGUGGACUUAAUCUGUCCGGUGGACAGAGACAACGUGUGGCCCUUGCACGCGCACUGUUUGCCAAAUGCGAUCUACUUCUCUUAGACGACACUUUCAGCGGCCUGGAUGGGGAGACGGAGCCAAAGGUGUUUGAUAACAUCUUUGGACCAGAAGAACUUAUCAGGACAUCGAAUAUGACUGCUGUUCUUGUCUCAAACUCAGCUCAAUAUUUCCGAUCUGCGGAUCACAUCGUGGUUCUCGGUGAGCAUCGGAUCUUAGACCAGGGACGCUGCGAGAAUCUGAAGAUCAAAGCUGCAUCCAUCGAGAAGUUUUCAGGCACUCAACACACGCAAAACAAUGCUGUCCUGGCUGGGAAUCUCGAGAAGCUUGGUGCUCAACUGCGAGCCAAAGCCGAGACGGAGUUGGACCUUGCGAGACAGACUGGUGACCCCGCUCUUUAUGCAUACUAUCUAGGAUUCAUCGAUGCCAUCAACCUCGCUCUAUUGAUUGCCACGAGCGCAUCAUACGGCAUCUUCAUCACCAUCCCGCAGUACUGGUUGCGAUUGUGGACCGAGUCCAAUGGCAGAAAUACCGCAUUCUAUGUGUGUGGAUUUCUGUUUUUGUCGAGUAUGUCGUGGACGUCGACUAGUGUCAUGAUGGGAAUUCUUGUGAUUCGGAUCGCACCACAGUCAGGGAAACGGCUGCAUCAGCGUCUCCUGGAUAUAGUCGCAAACGCACCUUUGUCCUACUUCUCCAAUACAGACAACGGUUCAACCUUGAACAGAUUCAGUCAAGACAUCCAGCUCAUCGACAGGCAGCUUCCCACAGCCUUCCAGACUGUCAUGACUCAGAUAUUCAAACUGCUAAUGCAAAUCACCCUACUCUGCAUCGCCGACAGCUGGCUCGCGGUAUCCCUACCAGCGUGCGGGCUUGUUGUCUACUUCGUACAGGAAGUCUACCUCCGGACCUCACGACAACUCCGCUUGUUGGAGCUGGAAUCGCGCGCGGGCGUCUUCUCCAGCUUUCUGGAAUCAAUCGACGGGCUCGAAACAAUACGCGCGUACGGCUGGUCCGAUGCCGCCAUCCAGGAUAACAUCCAGCGCGUGGACCACGCGCAGCGGCCGGAAUACCUCCUCCUGUGUCUGCGGCGAUGGCUGAGUCUUGUUUUGGAUCUUCUGGCUGCUGCCCUGGCCACGAUCGUCGUGGCCACGGCAGUCGCGUUGCGGGGACAAGUGAGCGGCGCGCAGGUCGGCAUCGCACUGAACGUCAUGCUCGUGACGAACACCACGCUUCUCAGUCUCGUGGUCAGCUGGACUAACCUGGAGACCUCCCUGGGCGCGAUCGCGAGGCUGAAAGCGCUGGAGGAGUUCACGCCGACCGAGGGCGGGAAGGCAGGGGGGCUGGAUCCUCCGGGCCACUGGCCUUCCAAGGGAGAGAUACAAUUCGACAAUGUCACUGCGUCAUAUCAUGCGCAACCCAACGCGUUCGCGCUCCGGAACCUGAGCCUGAGGAUUCCCGCCGGCCAGAAGCUCGUUAUCUGCGGCCGGACAGGGAGGCAAAGCACAUUGCUCCUCACCCUCCUGCGCCUCCUGGAGCUUCAAUCCGGCAUCAUCAAGCUCGACGGUCUCGACAUAAAACAGGUGCGACUUGAUCUCCUCCGCCAGCGCGCCUUUAUCGCCGUCUCACAGGACGCCCUUCUCUUCCCCCAAGAGACGCUGCGCUUCAACCUCGACCCCGACUCCGCCGCAUCAGACGAGAUGAUUGCUCUUGCGUUGGGAAAAGCGGGCCUGUGGAAGCAUUUUUCCGCUGUGGAGGCGCGCGGCGCAGACGAUGCGUUGGCAACUGUCAUCGACAUCCUGGAAGACAGCAGUGAACACACCGUGCUGGACAGGAAUGUCUCAUCAUUCUCGGAACUUUCCCUCGGACAGUACCAGCUGUUCGCGCUGUGCCGCGCGCUGAUCAAGGCGCGGGUGCUGCGGGGAUGUGGUGUCAGACCUGUGGUUGUGCUGGAUGAGGUCACUUCGGCGCUUGAUGCGGAGACGGAGGUGACGAUUCAGCGGAUCAUCGACGAGGAGUUUACCCAGGAGGGGCAUACUGUUAUUGUGGUGGCGCAUAGAGUUGGGGGGUUAGUGGAGCAACUCAUCCCGGGGAGAGAUGCUGUUGCCGUCAUGGCGGAUGGCAGAUUACUGGAUGUUGCGGAGGAUUUUGUAUCGAAUGGUGUCUCGCCGAUUGGACAGGUGAAGUAAUCGGGGUUUGAGAGUAGAGUUGGACAGAAAGAACAGGAUUAAUUUAUCGCAAAGUCCA